ACCACUCAAAAGAUAAUAAUAAAUAAUAUCACUUGAAUUAUUAUUAUAGAUUCAAUUAUUUACUUUAAAAUUCUAAACAUUAUAUCAUUUAAUAAAUUUUUAUAAAUUUUUGUUAUCAAUGAAUUUUUCUGAUUGAUAUUAUGUAUAGUAAGUCAGUUGUGUUAUGGCGGCUAAUGUUAAAAGUGAAAUUUGCAAUAUUAUAAAAAUUUUUUUGUAAAUAUUAAAUAAUGCCGUCUAAAGCAUCAAGAAGAUUUGUGGACCGUCCCACAAAAAAGCUCCCGACGGAGCCACCAUUUAUUGCUUAUGUUGGUAAUUUGCCGCAGGGUUUAGUUCAAGGUGAUAUUAUAAAAAUAUUUUCAACAUUAAAGGUAAAAAAUGUACGCCUUGUAAAGGAUAAAGAAACUGAUUUAUUCAAAGGGUUUUGCUAUGUUGAAUUUGAAAGUUUAGAAGAUUUGGAAAAAGCAAUUGACAUGGAUGGUAGAAUUCAUGUUGAUCAAAAUAACGCGGCUUUAAGGAUUGAUAUUGCUGAGCAAAGAAAAAAUGAUCGAAGUGGUUUUCAAAAACGUGGACCACCAAGACAAGGAGGUGGAGGAGGCGGCGGCGGUGGUGGUGGAGGUAGUGGUGGUGGUAAUAAUAGCGGUGGUGGUGGAAAUAGUAAUUUUCAACAUAAUCGUAGUGGUGGUAAUCGAAAUGAUAACCGAGCCGGAAGUUUCGAUAAUUUUGUCAGAAAUGAUAGAAGUCGCCAAGAUGGUCAAGGUGGAAAUAGAGGAUUUAAUAAUGAUCGGAACCCAAAUCGUCCAAGAUAUGGCAACUUUGGAAAUGAUGAUCGCAAUAUGGAACGAAGUGGUGGAGGUGGUGGAGGUGGUGGAGGCGGCGGCGGUGGAGGCAAUCGUGCUGAUAACUUUGGAGGUGGAAAUCAACAUUAUAACGAGCGGUUUAAUAGUUUUAAUCGACGCGGUCACGAUAGGGAUAGGCGGGACCAACAUCCUCCUCAAAGACCGCCAAGCGAAAGUUUUAAUAGUAUAGGUAGUAAAGAUGACAGUGAACGCCCGCGUUUAAAAUUACAACCCCGUACAGUUACUGAACCGGUAAAUGCUCUAGCUGACACUCAACAAGCUAAAUUGAUAUUUUGCAAAGCCAGGCCGCGUGAGGAGAAGUUAAAAGAAAUUGAAUCGAACAAAUCUUAAAAAGUGUUGUUGCAAAAGAAAGAAAAUAAAAAAUAAAAACUAAAAAGAAA